AUGGCUCUCAAGAAGGAAGAAAAGCAAGAAAAGGAAAAAGAAAGCAAAAAGAAGUCCUUUACCCUUGAGAGCUCAACUAAGCAUCACCAAGAAAGUGAGAGCUCAAGUGCACCAGAAUCAAGUGAUAAUGUUAAUGAGGAACUUGUCAUGCUUUCUAGAAGGAUUAAGAAAAUCAUUAAGAAAAAGAAAAGAGACAAAAGACAUUUCAAAAAACUUUCUUCAAGCUCUAGUGGAGAUAUAAUUUAUUAUGAGUAUGGCAAGCAAGGCUAUGUCAAGGUUGAUUACUACAAACUAAGAACAAGAUGGAGAAAAAGAAAGCAUACAAGGAAACUUAGGAUGAUAGUUCUUCAAGUGAAGAAGAUGAAAAAAAAGUUAGCAACCUUUACUUUAUGGCCAUGGAGGAUGACUCCAAUGAGAAAAGAUAGGCGAGUUGUAAUAGGACAUAAAAUGGAAAUUGCCUCCAAUCAGAAGAUUAUGUGCACCAAAUUGCCACCAAAUAUUAAUUCAAAUGGCAUUUGGGAGAACAUAAACUCUCCUAAUUCAGUUUUGACAUAUUCAUUGCCAUUGUUGCAAUUGCAGAUUAUUAUGAUUUUCUUCAUAACACAAGCUUGUCAUUUUGUUCUCAAGCAUUUCGGUUUUCCUAUUAUCAUCUCACAACUUAUUGCUGGAGUGAUCCUUGGUCCUUCUUUACUUGGGAGUUCUACUGAAUUCAAGGACAUGCUGUUCACAAUUGACAGUCAAGAUAUACUUGGCACAGUGGCCACAUUAGGCUACACAUUGUUCAUGUUUGUAUGUGGAGUUAAGAUGGAUGUGAGCAUGAUAUUUAAAACAGGAGGAAAGGCCACUGCGAUUGGUUUUUUAUCACUGGCUGCACCUUUAGUAUUUGGGCUUACUGUUGAAGUUUUGUUGGAGAGGUCCUGGUUGGCAGAAGAUUUACCAAGCAACCUUUAUGUUAUAACAUCAGUGCUUUCUGCUACUCCUUUUCCAGUCAUAUCAACCCUUCUUUCUGAUCUCAAAAUCUUGAAUUCUGAACUGGGUCGUUUAGGACUAUCUGCAGCAAUGAUUGGUGAAAUUGGUACUGUUGGACUGUUCACAUUAGCUACCUUGAUUACAGUUGGGAAAGAAAGUUCAGUUCAGAUGGCAUUUAGAAGCCUUAUAUGUAUAAUUGGCUUUAUUGCUUUCUCUAUUUUUGCCAUUCGGCCAGCAAUGUUUUGGAUUAUUAAGCAGACACCGAAAGGAAGGCCUGUAAAGGACAUGUACAUUCAUGUUAUCAUUUUCAUGGUUUUCGGGACUGCCAUUCUUUCUAAUUCAUAUGGCCAAUCGAUUUUCUUUGGACCAUUUAUUCUUGGUUUGGCUAUUCCUGAUGGACCUCCACUAGGAUCAGCUAUUGUACAUAAGCUUGAUUGUAUGGUUUCAGGCAUUUUCGUACCAUUAUUUGUUACUACAUCAACCAUGAGAGCUGAGUUCGGAACUCUCAGGCUGAACAAAAAUUUGAUAACAGCGGAAAUCAUCCUUAUUAUUGUGACUUUAACAGCCAAGCUAGGGGCCUGCCUUAUAGCUUCAUUAUAUUGCCAGAUGCCUCUGAAUGAUUCUUUGGCACUUGCCCUCGUUAUGAGCUGCAAAGGCAUUGUAGAGUUGGCAACCUAUAGCUUCUUAAGAGACAACAAAAUUGUUUCAAGUGAAACAUUUACUCUGUUGAUUGUAAGCGUUCUAGUCACAGCAACCAUUGUGCCAAUGCUUGUGAAAAAGCUCUAUGAUCCUUGUAGGAAAUAUGCUGGCUACCAGAAAAGAAACAUAUUGAAUCUCAGGUAUAACUCGGAAUUGCGUAUUCUUGUGUGCAUUCACAGUCCAGAUGAUAUCACUGCUGCAAUUAAUGUCCUAGAUGCUUCCUGUCCAAACCCCGAGAAGCCCCUUUCUGUUUCUGUUCUUCACCUUAUGAAACUAAUUGGUCGAGCUUCUCCAAUCUUUAUCUCCCACAAUAUCCAAAUCAAGAGCGUCUCUAAGCAUUCCUACUCUGACAAUGUCAUCACAUCAUUUAAUCAGUACCAGCAAAAGAACAUAGGAGCUGUAUCCAUAAGCACUUUUACAGCAAUUUCACCACCAAAGUUGAUGCAUGAAGAUAUAUGUACCCUUGCCCUAGACAAGCUAGCAUCCCUUAUAAUCCUACCAUUCCAUAUAAAUUGGUCUUCUGCUGGAUCUAUUGUGUCAGAAGACACUACCAUAAGGGCUCUUAACCAUAAUAUCCUUGAGAGAGCCCCUUGUUCUAUAGGAAUCCUUGUCAAUCGUGGCCACCUCAGACGUACAAAAGCAGAGCAGUCGCCUAAGCGUGUCGCCAUGAUCUUCCUAGGGGGUAAUGAUGAUAGAGAAGCAUUAACAUUUGCGAAACGCAUGGCAAUAGGGUCGUCUGCCAUUACCAUAAUGGUGAUUAAUCUGGUCGCAAAUGACCAGAAAGACAUCACAACUUGGGAACAGAUGCUUGAUUCAGAGACGUUGAAGGAUGUUAAGCAUAAUACUGGUGGCAGUCGGUACGUUACCUUUAAAGAGGUGGUGGUGAAAGAUGGAACCCAAACUGCAUGUAUAUUAAGAGGAAUGGCGUGCCAAUAUGACCUUAUUAUUGUUGGUAGACGUAAUGGGAUAAAUUGCCCACGAACAACAGGACUUGCAGAAUGGAGUGAAUUUCCUGAGCUAGGUGUUGUAGGAGACCUGCUGGCUUCAUCCGAUGUCAACUGCAAAGCUUCAAUAUUAGUUAUGCAACAACAACAACAACAAUUAAGUUAGUGUACAAUACUAAGAUGUAGGAAUUUGGUGUGUUUUUCAAAACUCUAGACUAGUUUUACCGUGGAUCCCUGCAACAUGGUUUAGUCUUAAAAUCUUAAUUUUUGAUAUAUUUUAAUUUUGAAAUUAUUACUAUUAUCUAAAUUUAGUUCCGUAAAAUUAUAUUGGUGAUUAAAUUUAGAUUGAGUUUGAAGUAUUUUAAACAAAUUAAAAAAUAAGAUGAAUCCGAAUUAAAUCUAAACUCUUUAGAAUUUUAAAUUCUUGUUUUUACUUCUUUUUAAUUAUUAAUUAGGAUACUUAUAAGUAAGAUAAAUUUUAUUAAUAUUGGAAAAAGUAACAAAGUUGAAAAUGAUCAAAAGAAACUCUCUAAAGUACUAGCUCAAACUCUCUCUACAGAAAAUAAAAUAAAAAAAAAUCUUUUACUGAUAAAAGAUCUUAAAUACCGAUAUUAUAUAUUUGAACAUAAGAGAUAGAAAAUUUGUUUAGCUUUAUUUUUGUUAUCCAUAAAUACUAUUCUUUUUUAAAACACAUAUCCUGUUUUAUUUAUUAUUAUUAUUAUUAUUAUUAUUAUUAUUAUUUCAAAAGCUCAUCCGAUACAAGUAUUUAUUUUAUUUAGCUCGGUUUAAAAUAUAAUUAAAGAAGUUAAAUUUAAAAUAUAAUUGAUGGAAUUAAACAUAAACCAAAAUUAAGGUGAUGAGAGUGAAAAUUAACAUAUUAAAUGAAGAAGACAAAAGUAAAAAAAAAAAAAAAAAGUGGAGUAGUUCGGGUUGAAUACAAAACCCGGUGUUUCCCACUUUUAAUGCAUAACAAAGAAAAUACAAAAAACAGCCUAAUAUAGCUACGAUGACCUACAUCUACCAAGUUCUUCUCCUAAUAGGACGAGAAGACCUUUAAUCUCUAUAUAAAGAACUAUGAUAAAAAUUUACAAGUGUAUGCUACUUUACACACUCAUUAUACUUUAAACCAUGCUUUCACAAAUUACUAACUUAAUUAUCGGAAUAAGUGGCUAGACAAUCUUGUUCGGUGCUUUUUAACCA